CUUCACGGGGAGAAAAACCACUUCCUGCGACACGUAGAGAGAAAUGGGAUCAUUUAUCAUCUAACUUUUCUGCCAGCAGAAAAGAGGGGGGCUAUGGAGAAGGGGGUGGUGCAUCUGACCUAGAGAUCCUAUUACAGAGUUUUUAUGGCAAGUUUUUUGGAAGUGGGGGAGGGCGAAUCUACAACUUUGUCGGCCUGAUGUGUUUUUCAUAUCCAGCCUAAACGCUUCAGAAGAAUACGUUGUAUGGUUUUAAGUUGAAUCUCCAACUUUUAUAUAUUUGAAGGCACUUUUGGAGCUGCUGGAGUUUGGAUAAUGAAAGUCGGUAGUAUCCAGCAGGGACCGGACGAGAAGUGCAGGAUAAAAAAGUUUGGGAGGACUGCGGGAAAACCCUGAAGCGCGCCGCAGCUUUUCCUCAUUAUGCCGCAUCUGCAAACUUACUCGAAAUCGAAUGAAGAAAACCUCAUCUGUGGAUUUCUUGGGAAGAACUAGAAUACAAAGUAAUCAGAGUCUUUUUUCUCCUUUAGUUGAUUCUCUCUCCCAAGAUGUCUUCCCAGGGUUGCAGCCCUAUUGUUGGAUUUUAUGGGAUGCUCUGCGUCUGGACUGCCUGGCUUCCAGGCUCCGGGGCAGUGUUGUCGCAGAACGGAACGAUAUUUGAGGAUAACUGCAAGAAAACGACAACGUGCGAAGCACUUAAAUACAACGCAUGCCUGGGAUCGUCUCUGCCAUAUACACAUACUUCUCUGAUCCUGGCAGAGGACUCCAGCACCCAAGAAGAGGCUUUUGAGAAGUUGACCAUGUGGUCUGGUUUGCGAAAUGCUCCUCGCUGUUGGUCAGUCAUCCAGCCUUUGCUCUGUGCCGUCUACAUGCCUAAAUGUGAGAACGGUCGGGUUGAGCUGCCCAGUCAGAGCCUGUGUCUGGCUACCCGUCGGCCAUGCAGCAUCGUGGACCAGGAGAGAGGCUGGCCAAACUUCCUCAAAUGUGACAAGUUCCCUGUGGGCUGCUCGAAUGAGGUACAGAAGCUGAAGUUCAACACAUCAGGCCAGUGUGAAGCUCCGCUGGUGAAGACAGAUAUUCAGUCAAGUUGGUACAAGGAUGUGGAGGGCUGUGGUAUCCAGUGUGACAACCCUCUGUUCACUGAGGAGGAGCACAAUGACAUGCAUGCCUACAUCGCCUACUUCGGGACCAUCACCCUCCUCUGUACCUUCUUCACCCUGGCCACAUUUCUUGCUGACUGGAAGAACUCCAACCGCUAUCCAGCUGUCAUUCUCUUCUAUAUCAACGCCUGUUUCUUUGUGGGCAGUAUCGGCUGGCUGGCCCAGUUCCUGGAUGGAGCACGCAAGGAGAUUGUGUGCAAGAGCGACAACACCAUGCGACUUGGGGAGCCCUCGUCAUCAGAGACGCUGUCAUGUGUCACCAUCUUCAUCAUUGUCUACUACUCCCUGAUGUCAGGUGUGAUUUGGUUUGUCAUGUUGACCUACGCCUGGCACAUGUCCUUUAAAGCCCUGGGCACUACACACCAGCCACUGUCUGGCAGAACCUCCUACUUCCACAUGGUCACCUGGUCCAUCCCAUUUGUUCUCACUGUGGCCAUCCUGGCUAUCGCUGAGGUGGAUGGAGACUCAGUGAGCGGGAUUUGCUUUGUGGGCUACAAAAACUACAGAUACCGUGCUGGGUUUGUACUGGCACCCAUUGGAGUUGUGCUUGUUGUCGGUGGCUACUUCCUCAUUCGGGGUGUCAUGACCUUGUUUUCGAUCAAGAGCAACCACCCAGGACUACUGAGUGAGAAAGCAGCAAGCAAAAUCAAUGAGACAAUGCUGAGACUCGGUAUAUUCGGAUUCCUCGCUUUUGGCUUUGUUUUCAUUACUUUCGGCUGCCACUUUUAUGACUUCUUCAACCAAGCUGAAUGGGAGAGGAGCUUCAGAGAGUAUGUGCUAUGUGAAGCCAAUGUGACAAUUGCCUCUCAGACCAACAAGCCAAUCCCAGAAUGCACCAUUAAGAAUCGGCCCAGCCUCAUGGUGGAAAAAAUCAACCUGUUCUCCAUGUUUGGGACAGGGAUUGCUAUGAGCACCUGGGUCUGGACCAAAGCCACCAUCCUCAUCUGGAAACGCACCUGGUGCAAAAUUAUUGGCCGUAGCGACAAUGAACCCAAAAGGAUCAAGAAGAGUAAGAUGAUUGCCAAGGCGUUUGCAAUGAGGAAGGAGCUCCACAAGGACCCAGACAAGGAACUUUCCUUCAGCAUGCACACUGUUUCCCAUGACGGGCCAGUGGCUGGAAUCAAUUUUGACCUGACUGAGCCAUCUAAUGACUUAUCAUCUGCAUGGGCACAGCAUGUGACCAAGAUGGUGGCUAGGCGAGGUGCCAUCCUGCCUCAGGACAUUUCUGUUACACCUACUGGUUCACCUGUGCCUCCUCCAGAGGCGAGGAACAGACUGUGGAUGGUGGAGGCUGAAAUUUCACCAGAGAUGAUAAAGAGGAAGAAAAAGAAGAAGAAGAGAAAGAAGGAGGUGCGUCCAGUGGAGGAAGCGGUGGAUCACCAGACUUACCACCAGCGUGAGUUUGGCCGCAGCUCAGUAUCCCGCCUUCCUAAACUGCCCUGCCACCCAAGGCUGGUUGCCAAUUUGCGGGAACAGCAGAAGGUGGAGGAUGAAGUCCUGCCAGGAUCCUGUCUGGACUUCCAACCCUCAUAUUCUCUCUCCUGUGAGGAGAGACGUCCCCAUCUGUCCUGUCAGAGCAGCCGGGACAGCUAUGGCCAUAACCUGCUCUCUAACCCUCUGACCCUCAAUGACCACCCAGAGGAUCUGGGUAUCAGCAUACGCUAUCCCCCAUCAGCCUCCACCUGGCGGCCCAUUGGAUCUUUUCACUAUCCCGGGGAAGUGGAUCUCACCAACGGGCUGUCGGAAAGGUUGGCCCAUGUGGCUCGAGUCCCGACAAGCCGAAGGGCCGGCUAUGGGCCCAUCCAUUCUCGGACCAUGUUAAUGGAGGCAGAACUAAUGGAUGCUGACUCUGACUUCUAAGCUCCAAUAGGUUCUGGCUGUCUCUUUGUGGUGACAGUAAGUUAUAAAAAGUGCUGGAUACUUUCUUACUAAAGUGCGGCUAGAUUUCAAUGCCCAGAGAUCAAGAUGGAAUUAAGCUGGUCUGAUUUUAUUUUCUUUCUCUUUCUCUUUUUUGACAUAAAGCAGUAAAGUGAAAAAUAUGUUAUGAAUAAGUUAAUUAUAAAAAAAUGUGUACUUUAUUUGUGUCCAAUAACAUUUCAAAGGCAACUCCAUGAUAACAGUACAAACAAGGCAGCUAAACUGUACAUGGCUUGAAACAACAUAGACGUCCUUAUUCUGAAACCCUGACAGCUCCAGCCAGGGUUGUUUCUGCUGGAGUCAGACAAGUCUGAAAUGUCAGAAAUUCUAACUGAUCCUAUCAGGUAAUAUAUUAUUUACUAGAAAGAACACUACAUUUUUAGGAUUAAAAGUGUAAUCCUAGAAAACUAUUUGAAAGUCAGAAAUACCCCGUGAUUUAUAAUAGUUUGAAAAGUCCCAGAGCAGUAAAACCUGAUUCAUAAAGUCAGCCAUAUACUGUACAACUCUUUUUGCUCACACUGUUUUUAGUUUUAAAUCAAACAUAGUAGUUUCCCAACUUCACACUCUGACUAUUAACAAUAACACACAUUAUCAUUCUUUUCUUCACCGUUUGACAUCAGCAAAGUAACAGUAAAUUGAUUUUAUAUGCUAAAAGUUACUGAGUUAAAAUACAUACUAAUUAUUUGUAUGUGCUCUGUUGCCUGGUGCAAUAAACACAGUUUAUUUUUGUUUGGAGAAAGAUUUAUUGCAAUUACUGUUCAAAAUGAAUGGCAUGACUAUCAUUUUUUCUCAAUGACUUCUCCUUGUAUAUUACAGGAAAUAAAUAUUUCCAUUCAUGUGAUUCAUUUUAAAAGCCUUUUUUCACAGCAGCAUUUUUGCUGUUAACCCGUUGUAUACAUUCACUAUAAACAGGACUCUGUGUGUGUUUGCUCUUCUCUUCAGAGCAGUUGAAGGUGUUUUGUAUUAUGUAUUUUCACACUGUUGUGGGUUUAGAAAUCUUUUUUUAAAUCAUUAUUUUUCCUAAUCUGAAGAAAUGCUUCUAUUUUUACAUUGCUCUCUUUCUGAAUGUGUGUACUGUUUAUAGGCUGUUUAUAGACUUCUCAACAAGUGUAAUAUUUGUACAAAUUUAUAUAUCAAAUCACCUGGUUACACUGCUGGCAUGAUACCCAAAAAGGGAAUAGUUAGCCUGUUAUAAUUAGUUGUCACCGUACUUGUGCUGUAAAAUGUCAACUAGUGCAGUCAUUAAACUCUCACUGUGGAUAAAUGACGCUGGGGUAGAGCUUUAGGCAAAUUAGUUUUCUGUCAAGUUAUUAAUGUGAAGUGUAUGAGAGAAUUAUUAUUUUGUUAGUAGUAGUUCAAUUCAACAAUAUAAUGAGUUUGCCGGCAGAAAUAAAGCAUAGCUGAUAUCCACCCAAAAAACUAAUACAUUAAAUGAAGAUUAUUAUGGAAAUGAAGUAUUACUUUUUGUGAUUAGAAAAGUAAUAACUUCCGUCAUUUGUUUCCCAACUGUGUUAAAAGUUUAUUGCUUACAGUGCAGCUGUACCGUUUUGUUUUUUAUGUAAAU